AUGGCUCGGAGAGACAUAGCAAUCGGAGCCCUCCUAUGGCUCUUCCCACGGCUGAUGCUGGCUUCAAAUUCUUCCGUCCAAGUGCGGAUGCAGACACCCUGGACCUGUGCAACAACUUCGUGUUCCUGCACAGAUUUGGAGAUGCUCGACAUGGGCACUGGUGCUGUGAUACCAACUGACAUGCAAAUCCACGCUGUGAAGUACUGGCCUGAGCCAGUUGGCUACCAAGGUGUGUUCACGAACCCAGACCGUGAUCCCUAUACCAACAUCUACCAAGAGAUUCAUGCGAGAGAUCUGCCAGUGAUCCGAAACGAGCUCGGUGCGAAUGCGCUUCUCUUGGCUCCAUGGAGCUUUGGACAUCGAAGCCACACGCAAUUCCUAGAGCAAGCGACCGCAAACAACCUGAAAGUCAUCCCCUCCUUCGACCUUUCCUGGUAUUGGGAAGAUGGCCGUUGGGGUUCCGACCUGGCUACCAGAGCGGCCCUGCGCAAGGACUUCCAUGACUUUUUGCAGUACUCCGCUUUGAUCCAAGAGGAUGCCAGGCUGAGCACUCCCGAAUCCAUUCUUCUCUGGAACUUGGAGGGUCUUCCCUCCGUGGAGGCGAUCUUGCCUCGCAGCUGCGUGGCGGGCGCAUUGACGGAUGUGGCCAACUUCAGGAACUGCAUCGCCUCUUCGGGGGACCUCGUGGAUGCGCUCAACACCGUCCAAACCAUUCAAGAGUCCCGGCUGCCCAAGUCUCCUUCAAUCUCUCUGAAAGCCUCCUCUGGUCCUUUUCACCUGCUUGCUCCUGCUCAGGAUAUGCUGCAGGUGGUGCGAGAAGCACAGAGAGAAUUCCACUGCGAAGAGGGGGCUCAGAGGGCAGAAUGUGCUGCAAGAGACGACGUUCCGGUCUUCAAAUUUGAUCGACCCUUGGCAUUGACAAUCGACCUGGGGGAUGUGUACUUGUCCGUGGCGGAGAACAGUGAGUACCUAGCCGCUUUCGUCUUCUGGAUGGAGCGGGUGGUCGGCUGCCAUCCGGUUGCAGUGGGCCAGGCCGCCAUGCAGCUACUUCGCAGUGAGACAGAUUGCCAUGAGGAGUUGGAGGAAAAGCUCCAGUGGGAAGAAGACGACGGUUUUCAAAGGUUGAAGGCUGAAGAGUUGCAGCAUGACGAUUUGGAAACAGAUUUGAUAGAUCAGAAUGCAGAACUGCAGGCUGAGGCAAAGGAAGCUGAAACCGUGAAGCUACCCGACUUUCCUAUUCCGGAGACUUACCGAUCGUGGACGUUUUCAAUGCGCGAAGCCGUGAGGGCCACCUCGGACAAGCCUGCUGAAGCCUUUAAAUGGGUUCAGGAAGUGUAUGAGCGGUCGGCUACUCUUGAGUCCUUCUGGCAUACGGGCAAGUUCCUGACUCUCGACAGUAAGAUCUUGUUGGCUUUGUCACGGGUUGCCAAGGAGGAACUCGCACGACAGGCCAUUAACUGCAAAGCCGUUCGCGGUAGACAAGUCCUGUUGAUGCUUGAACACUACUUCAAAACCAACGAGGAAGCAGGUUACGUGGAGCCCAAUCAGGCCAGCAACCCAGUCGUUGCCAAGGCAAUGGAGGAUUGGAAUGCCAAAAAACGAGGCUUUUUGAAUCCGAAGCCUGCGGUGAAGCAUGAAGAGAUCACCGAUAAAAUGUGGGAGGCCCCCGACAUCGCGAAGGCUGAGGACAUCAGCAAGCUUUCCAUGGAUCCACCUGAAAACAGCUAA